AGAUCGGACAUAAUUUUCAUCAGUCUUGACCUUGAGAAGUGUGAGACGAAACGAGAUAGAUUGUUCACUCUUCUUAUAUCCUUAUCAGCAACAUCAACAAGGAAAGAGUUUUUUGCCCUCUUGCUUCCACUAGUACAAUGUAAAGCUGCAAGUCGUGUUUCCGCGGGUUCACCAGAAGAUGCAGCGAACCAUGUGUCCACCGGCUUUCUGCACUUCAGCCACCCCGAGAAAGAAGCUUUUUGAAGAUCGUGGACGCGUAGUACGCCACCACCGUUUUUUUUUUCUUGCGGCUACCAACUGAAGAAUAUCCCACGUAAUGCCACUUCGUUCAAACAUGAAGAAAGACGCAAGUAUUAAAGACGCUGGGACGAGUUCCUGCACUUACUCAGCUCCGACACCAAAAGACUCGCAAGGACCACCGCAGCCAACGGCGACCCGGCGAAUGGUUGCGGGCAGCACUGCUGGUCUGGUGGAUAUGGUGCUCCUUUACCCGAUUGAUGUGAUCAAAACCAGGAUGCAGUACGAACCGGGAACUUCAACUUGCUACGCCAGUCGAGCGACUUCAAUGACUCUUUCUCCGCCCGCUCCCGCAAAAAUCCACUACGGCAAGCCGUGGCAGCUGCAGCUGUUGCCGCGCUUGAUUGGUGCCGGGCCGUCAACAGCGUCUACUUCUAGUUCCAGUUCUUCCUCAUCUUCGCGGCCGGUGCAAACUGGUGGCGCAGCGGCCUGCUCGACGCGCACUGGAAUAGGAGGGUCGUAUCCAUCUUCACGGGGGACUAAUUUGUCGCACCACGGAACAGGAGAGGGCGUAACGCUUAGAACAAGUGUCCCCGCGGAUGCUCAUCGGCUGUCUCAGCCUGCGUUGCAGACGACGACGAGCAGAAGCAGGACCACAGUACCCAACAUACAAGCAAGCUCCAGUAUCACCACGUUCCGGCACCCUAGAGGCCCCGUCGGAUUCUCGGGAACCAUUCAUCACACGAAUAAGCACCCGUGCUUUUGUCCCGCGGUGGCCGCGCCAGCUGGUUCCUGCGAACCGCAUGCUCUGUUGCUGUCAACUGGAUACUCUACCACGUCAAGUUCUUCAUCGUCAUCAUCGUCCUCGUCGCAGCGUUUGGCACCUGGGGGAGCAUACCAGGCUGUGUGGGAAGGAAGGAACGGUAGUGGGAGCAACUUGUCACGGUACUCAUUUCAUUCCUUCGGAGGUGCAACUACAUCAGCGGCAAGCGACCUCCCCCCACCCAGAGCUUCCAGCUUUCUGCGCCUGCUCGCGACGAGUUUGCGCCAAGAGAAGCUGAGCAUUUACCGCGGCCUGUCGUUCCCACUCCUCACGGAAGUUCCAAAACGCGGCUGGAAAUUCAUGGUGCAAGGGCACUUGGAAGCGAAGUUUUUACAAAGAAUAAGCAGCAGUAAAGAAGCAGGGAUAGCGAAUUUCGCAGGCUGCGCAUCACCUUCAACUUCUUCUGUCGGCGCCACACGGAAGAUGAGCAUCGCUACCAGAAACAUGAGAAUAACCCCUCCACCCCCCCGGUCCGAUCGCUACCAAGCGGCUUUUGCCGCGGGCGCUUUGACUGGUGCCAGUGAGGCGCCGAUCGUGGUGACCUCCGAGCUGAUUAAGGUGCGGAUGCAGCUCCCAGAAUACCGCCACGAGUACAACCGCGGCCUGCUCGACGCGAUGGCGCAGGUCUACCGCAAAGAGGGCCCGGUCGCCCUUAUUCGGGGGAUGAGCUGCACGAUGCAACGGGGGUUUCUCUUUAACGGGGUGUUUUUCAGCAGUGUGAGUUGGGCGAAAGACCAACUGAGCGACCCGGACUCCAUGUUUCAACGGUGUUUUCUGCAACCCCCGCUGUUGUCGUCCGGCGGCGCAACAAGUAGGAAUUGUACUUCAUCAGGCGAGGAUUUUUCAUCUGCGGGAGCGUCUUUAUCGUUCUCCACAACAAAACUGAACAGUCACAACUGGUGCGCCUCAAGCUGCAACAUUCUGCCCGUGCAUUUCCUGAGUGGGUGCUUCGCCGGUGUUGUCGGUGCGAUCUUCAGUGCCCCGUUUGAUUUGGUGAAAACCAGAAUACAAGCGUCGGUGGGGAAUUCCGUGGAGACAAACGUCGUUUGUCCGAGGACAAUGGGAACUACAUCUUCUGCGCCAGCAAUUGCAGUCCCAAAAAGCAGUCUACCGCUGAGCGCAACCUCUGUAGUUGGAGGCGACAUAUUAAGUGCAGCUCAAGCAAAAACCGGCGCAAGAACAUCAACAUUGAGGAGGAAUCAGUGGAGCCCGUCAGCACUUGGUGUCAUGUUUCACAUCCUCCGGCGAGAAGGGGUGUUCGCGCUCUACCGCGGCUUUGUGCCACGGCUGGCGCGGUGUGUACCGGGCGCGGGUAUUUCGCUUUUUGUGUACCAGACCGUGUUGGAUUACCCGUGGCCGUAGGGACGAGUGGUGAUGCCAAUGCCAAACGGUGCGGUCAACACCGACGGUGCCCGCGAAGCGAUUUUCUUCCUUCGUACUUUCGAGGCCGAGGACGACGAGGGGGAAGAAAUAGAUUCCGUUGAGCGUUCGGCUGCUGUUUGAUUCUGUAUGCCGCGGACCAGAGACCAGCUGCGCCGUUGAACCAGUAGUGUGGGUAACUUCAUGCGAGAUCACCACCACGACAGCGUGCAGAUGAUCGGGUCUCCCGGCUAUGGAAAAACGCAGUCACAUGGGAGCCUUGGCAUUGUUCAUGGGAAAAAUCUUCAUGAAAGUUUUUCGGUGUCACCCAUGAUUACGGCAACGAUGAGUAGUUUCACUAUUUUUACUUUGCCCCCGUUCAAGAAUACUUCCAGGGCGGAAAACCGUUAUAUUCGUCCUUUUUCGCUGCUUGUUCCCGAUAAUUUUCCAAAGCAAGGUGCCCUGAGUCCGUUAUUUUUCUUGCUGGUCAUUUGCGUUUCGACUUGAUCGCCAGAAAUUUGGGCGUCUCUCUCGUCGCGGGCUUCAUUUUCCACACUGCUGCCGCUCUCUUCCUCCGGGAAACCAAGCAGGCCAUCUAAAAUGCUUCUCUACGUACUUCUGGGAAUACAAUUUGUAGUUGCAUAAAAAUGACGUCGAUCAUCACGUGUUGAUGAAGUAACAGUUCUUUGGUUCAAUUGUGCAGUCUUUGUUGGAAUCGCUUAUGAUGCAUUCGCAAGAACAGCGUAGCUCAGCCUCAGGAC